UUAUAUCUCUCUUAUAUUUAAUUAUUAUUUUAACAAUAUUUUAGAGAAGAUGAUUAUCAGUGAAUGAGAAUGGCGUGGUGAGACAAUGGAGGGGAUGCUUUAAGAACAAACAUUCUCUGUCUCUCUCUCUUCUCAGUAUAAAUCUCCUACCUGAACAAGAGUACACAGACAGAGACACUUUGCCUUCUUCUUCUUGUGUUUGUUUGGGCAGCCAUGGAAAUUUGUUGGCAGAUACAUAGACCAGCGAGUGUCAGGCCGGUGUUACAUCAAAAGGGUCGGCUCAAGAUCAAUACUUGUAUUGGACUUCUCCAUCCUCGCCCCAAAUCUUGCUCCUUUUCCAGUCUUGCUUCGUUGGAAAGUCAAUACAACUCAAAUGGGUUUCUGCAUCAGAUCACUGCAAGAGCUGCAGAUCUUUCAAGGAAGAAGCAAGGGAGAAUGGCAGCUUCAGGGCCCAAAAGCUCAGCUCCAACAACUGUAGGAAGUUCUCAGAAAAGAACCCCAAAGAAGAAGAGCGUUGAGAAAGAUAGCAAUGCAACUUCUACAGUAACAAAUGAGAUUCUAAGGGUCAGUAAGUUGCCAGAAGCUAAAGCGGAUGUGGAGAAACAAAGCUCUGUUGUUUUUAGUGAGAGGAAUGUGUUAGUGUCUGACCAUUUCCUUGCCUGAAAACAAAGCUGUGGUCGUGUCUCAAUCACUUCAGAGGUUCCAUCACCACCGUCUCAGUCGCUUGUUUACUCAUCUUUCUCAAGGAUUCGUCCUUCAAUAUUAUUUUGUCACAUGGGAUAAGAUAUGGACAAUCAUAAAACAGAGGACCACACUUUCUUUUCUUUUAAAAGAUAUGAGGUCAAUGAGAGUAUGGUACUGUUUUGUUUUGUUUUCUCUUUAAAACGUCGCUCAAUCUUUACAAAUCUCGAGACAACAAACCCUUGAUUAUCUAUCUCACGUUCAGAAGUGAAGGAUCAUCGCCAUGAAAGACUACAACAACAAGAACCAUCCUUACGAUGAUGUUCCAUCGCCUAAAGCAGCAACCAAUUCGAUUAAGAAAGUUUCCAUGAUACCACUCGUUUUCCUCAUAUUCUACGAAGUCUCAGGAGGUCCUUUUGGUGCUGAAGGCAUCGUGAACGCAGCUGGACCAUUACUAGCUCUUCUCGGGUUUAUAAUCUUCCCAUUCAUUUGGUGUAUUCCAGAGGCACUCAUCACUGCGGAGAUGAGCACAAUGUUCCCAGUUAACGGCGGUUUCGUGGUUUGGGUCUCCUCUGCUUUGAGACCCUUUUGGGGGUUUCAAGUAGGUUGGAUGAAAUGGCUUUGCGGAGUCAUCGACAACGCUCUCUAUCCUGUCCUCUUCCUCGACUAUCUUAAAUCAGCUAUACCGGUUUUAUCCACCGGUUUGCCUAGAGUCGCCUCCAUCUUGUUAUUGACUCUCUUGCUCACUUACCUAAACUACAGAGGUCUAACCAUUGUCGGAUGGACCGCGGUUCUAGUGGGAGUCUUUUCCAUGCUUCCUUUCGCUGUAAUGAGUCUCAUUUCGAUCCCAAACCUCCAGCCUUCGAGGUGGCUUGUAACGGAUAUAAGAGAUGUGAACUGGAACUUGUAUCUAAAUACUCUUUUCUGGAACUUAAACUAUUGGGAUUCAGUUAGCACACUAGCCGGUGAAGUGGCGAACCCGAAGCAAACACUUCCCAAGGCUUUGUGUUACAGUGUGAUCUUCAUAACUCUUUCUAACUUCCUCCCUCUCUUGUCUGGAACCGGGGCUACACCUUUGAACCGCGAGCUAUGGACUGACGGUUAUUUAGCUGAAGUCGCAGGGACCAUCGGUGGAGUAUGGUUGAGAGCGUGGGUUCAAGUGGCUGCAGCUACGUCGAACAUGGGAAUGUUCGUAGCCGAGAUGAGUAGCGACUCGUUUCAGCUUCUUGGAAUGGCUGAGCUCGGUAUGCUUCCCGAGGUUUUUGCAGAAAGGUCUCGUCACGGAACGCCUUUGUUAGGGAUUGUGUGUUCGGCUUCAGGUGUUUUGCUCUUGUCUGGAUUGAGUUUUCAGGAGAUUGUGGCUGCGAAGAAUAUGCUUUACUGUGGUGGGAUGGUUUUGGAGUUUGUGGCGUUUGUUAGGAUGAGGGUGAAGUAUCCGGCUGCGUCGAGGCCGUAUAGGAUACCUGUGGGAACCGUUGGUUUGAUUUUGAUAUGUGUUCCUCCCGUUGUGCUGAUAAUUUUGGUUGUUGGUUUGUCGACACUUAAAGUGGCUGUGGUGAGCUUUGUGAUGGUGAUGGUUGGUCUCUUGAUGAAACCUUGUUUGGAUCAUAUGGAUCGAAAGAGAUGGGUUAAAUUCUCAGUUAGUUGUGAUUUGACUGAGUUUCAGAAGGAGAGUCGAGAAGUGGAAGAGUCUUUAUUACGUUAGGUCAAAGUAAUCUGUAUUGUUUUCUGUUCAAAUGGGUUGUAAUAUUUCGUUUGUUAUUCGUGAAGGACCUGCAGAUGUGUGUAAAUUAUAAUAUGCUUGCAGUUACGGUUUGUAACAGUUAUUUUGGUUCGGGUUAUUCGGUU